UAGUAGUCUUGCUACAGCAGUAAUGGUGAUGCUGCUUAUACAUGCAAGUGUGUAUAUGCACUCCGUAUCCCAUGUUCCCGCGCGGAUGCACGAAAGGACGGCGUUGGUGACAAGUGCUUGUAUCUGCAGAAUCUUAGACUCGGUGUCUAUGCAUCCAUCUCCUGCCAUACAGGUACACGAGUGCUACUGAACCUACCACGAGAAGCGAGUGCCCUCGGCUCCUCUCCUUACCCCGACUUGCGGCGCCAUUGACCGUUCCACCGCCGGCGAUCUGGCCUCUGUGCGAGCAUUUCUGAGUGAUUGAGCGGUGCCUUGCAGGGGAGGAAACGGUGCAGCCUGCGUGGUGAGACCUGCAGCGAGCACCGGCGCCGUACAGCAUCGUGUCUUGUCCUGGGCCGGCGAUUGUCCUCCACAAUGGGCGCUGGGGCACGCAUCGACGCGAGCGGCCCCUUUGGUCUCAUUCGCGCGUCUGCGCUGCUCUGCAUUGCCUCAUCUCGCCUCGCCGCAGCGCUCGCAACUGAUCGUCCGUCUCGCCGUGGCCAGCCAUCCAUAUCGCGGUGGUUGUUGGAGCCAGAGAGGGUCAAGCGCAGAUGCAUGGCUGGAGCAGCGAUUUUGGGGCUGCGGUCGAGAGCGGGGCGGCGAGGGCCUGUGGCUCAAUGGCAGCAGCCGUCGAAGCGCCGAGGUGUGUCGCGGCCGCUGAUUGGACGCGCCAAAUGCAGGUGCGCGCCGCAGCCUGGCCAAUCGGCGGCUCGAUCACGCCUGGCCGCAGGGGUCCAAUCGCUGUAUCCCGGCCCGCUAAGCUGCGCCGCAGGGAUCAGGGGUGCACCACCAAAACUCCAGUCGUCGUCUAUACUGUACUGUACUUCUUACUUGUCCUGGCAGCAUGACUUCCAGGUUGCAAUCCAGUCAACAGCAGUCUCGGUGCGCAUAACUGCGGCAUCCAGCAAUCAAACGCCUGCCGCCAUAUCGCGACAUGCUCGAAUCACAAACCACCAGGCUCGCACAUCCUUGUCCCUCCUGCCUCUAUCGCGGCUGCACCUGUUUGCCGGCUUGUAUCAGAUGAUUGCUGAGACAGAUGGAUUUCAGCUUGCAUCCGGUUUCUCUUAUUUAUCACCUUUCCCCGAGUUCUGUUUCUUGCUAGCCUCUCCUUGA